AUGGCGCAGAAAUACGCUAAAGACCAACCCUCCGGUUUUACUAAUCGCAUUGAGCGCGUCGCUGUCGUCGGCGCCGGUGGUUCCGUCGGAAAGCGUAUCACCAACGAGCUUCUGAAGACCGGCAAACACACCGUCACCGCACUGAGCCGCAAAGACAGCAACACCCCGCUCCCUGACGGCGUCAAGGUCGUGCGUGUCGACUAUGAUGAUGAAGAAGAAGAAGCCAUCACUGCCGCCCUCAAGGGCCAACAGUUCCUGAUCAUCACUCUUGCAGUUAAUGCGGCGCCAGACACAGAGUCAAAGAUCAUCCGCGCCGCUGGCGCCGCUGGAGUCCCCUAUAUAAUGCCGAACACGUACGGGGGCGACGUCACGAACGAAAAGUUUAUGAAAGAAAUCGUUAUUGGUGGCAGCUACUUGAAGGCAUGUGCUGAGGUGGAAGCGGCUGGCGCCGCGUGGAUCGCACUCGCUUGCGGGUUCUGGUACGAGCACAGCCUUACCACGGGCGAGGGGUGGUUCGGGUUCGACUUUGCGAAGAAGAGGGUCACUUUCUUCGAUGAUGGUAAGACAAAGAUUAAUGUCAGCACUUGGGAGCAGUGCGGGCGUGCUGUGGCCGGACUCCUUAGCCUCAAGGAAUUGCCUGAAGAUGAGAACGAUAGUUCCCCCGCGCUGACCAAUUGGGCCAACAAACCGGUGUUUGUGGAUAGCUUCCUCGUGAGCCAGCGCGAGAUGUUCGACAGCUGGCUGCGGGUUUCGGGAGACAAGGCAGAAGACUGGACGAUUUCUUACGAGCCCGCAAAGGCGAGGUGGGAAAGAGGUAUGGAGAUGCUGAAGAAGGGCGACUACUCCGGCAUAAGCUUGACGAUGUACGGAAGGGCGUUUCUUAAUGGGGAUGGCAACUACUCGAAGGACCACCAGCUUGUAAAUGACCUGUUCGGGCUGCCGAAGGAGGAUCUGGAUGAGAGGACUGCUGUUGCAAAGGGCAUGAUGGAUCGGGGUUACAGUUACUUUGGUAACAGAGUCUAG